UCUCCUUCCUCCGGGCAGCCAGCACGGUGGGCGCAGCAGCAGCUGCCAGCAAGGUCUUGGGCCUCACGCGAGAGAUGGUGCUUGCUGCUGCGUUUGGCGUUGGUCCAGUCAUGACUGCCUUCAGCUACGCGUCGCUCAUUCCAACCUUCUGCCUGUCGCUGCUCGGAGGUGUAAACGGCCCCUUCCACAGCACCAUCGCUUCAGUCCUAAGCAAAUCUGCUGAGAAGGAUGCUGAGAAGGGUGCUGAGAGGAGCGACCAGAAUGCAGCGAGGGAGCAACAGGAGCUGCUGGUUCUUGUGUCAGCGCUUGUAGCCCUGGCGUCAAUAGUCGCAGCCGUGCUGAUCUUUCUCUGCGCACGGCCCAUCAUAGACCUUCUUGCGCCCGGCCUUUCUUUCCCUCCAGCAGCCCUCGCAAGCGAUCCAUCAGCAGUGGCAUCAUUCGCCCUGACUCGCCACGUCGCCAUCUCACAGCUGCAGCAAAUGGCACCCUGCAUCGCCCUCGCUCCUCUCAUCGGCAUUGGUUUCGGAACCCUCAGUGCACGAGGGGAGUUUGCCAUUCCGUCCCUCUCCCCUUCCCUUUCCAGCCUCUCCGUUCUGGUUGGGAUUGCCUUUUACUUCACCCUGUGCCGCUGGUCCCCCCUUGCCUCACCACAACGCGAGAUUAUAGGAGGAACAUGUCUGGCUGUCAGCUUCACGGCUGGUGCUCUCCUACAGUGGUUGAUUCAGCUUGCAGCUGAAAUCUGCUCAGCACCAGCACCACAGCGAGUGGCAGCGACGGCACCUCCGGAAGCAGCAAAAUCAGCAGUACAAGUGGUGGUAACAACAGCACAACCAGAGGAUUUAUCAUCAGCAGCAGCAGCAGCACCGGCAGCAGCACCGCCAGCAGAAGCAAAAACAGCAACAGCACCACCACCACCACCAACAACAGCAAAAACAGCAGCACCACUGGCACCAUCACCAUCAGCAGAAACAACAGCAGCAACAGCGGCAGCAUCACCAGCAACACCAGCAACGGCUUCUCAUGCCCCCAGCUGGCUUCCUCUAACCGCACUCUUCGCCCGACACAGCGAGCAACUGAGAGAGGUCUUUGGCGUUCUGAUUCCAGCAACCGUCGCAUCCGGCAUGCUUCAGAUUGCCACUUUCACCGAUCUUUACUUUGCCUCCUUCCUACCCGGCACCGCUGCUGCUCUUGGCUACGCCAAUUUGCUGUGCAUGGCACCCCUUGGUAUUCUCUCCACUGCCCUCCUCGUGCCAUUGCUGCCUCUUUUUGCCCGCCUCGCCCAUCCCAAGGAUCGCCCUCUCUUGAAGGAUAGCUUGCGACGAGGGCUGGUCAUGGCUAUGGCCGUGACUCUCCCGAUGACAGCUGUCAUGCUCCCAUUGGCCCGUCCCAUCGUGCGCACUGUCUUCCAACGGCGUUCCUUCGAUGCCUCUGCCACCUCCCUCGUCUCAUCGCUCCUCUCCUGCUACCUCCUCGGCUCCCCCUGCUACUUGGCCCGUGAUGUCCUCGUUCGUCUCUUCUACUCCCUUGCUGAUGGCACGACGCCCUUCCUUAUAAGCACAUUCGCUAUAGCAGCCAACGCGGUCCUGGAUUUCCUAUUCGUGAGCCGCUGGGAGUUUGGGCCUCAGGGCCUUGUGCUCGCUACAGCCGCUGUGAACAGUGCUUCGGCUGUAGCGCUGCUGUGGCUGGCACACAGGAGAAUGGGAG